AUUCCAUUUCAAGCAAAUACAUUAGUAAGCGUUGAUCAUAUUCCUUUGGUUUAGUAAUUUCCGGUUCAUCAGAAAAUGGCGGAGCAGCAAACCCACAAGGAGGCCGAGUUCGAGAGCAACGUUGGUGGCGAUCAAGGAGCAGUGGAGAGCAAGGACCGAGGGAUGUUUGAUUUCAUGGGGAAGAAAGACGAAAAGCCUGAACCUCAGCAGGAGGCCUUGGCCACUGACUUGGAGAAAGUUAAGAUAGAAGAAUCACAGGCGGAGAAGGAACAUAAAGAAGGUGAGAAGAAGCCCAGUCUCCUCGAGAAGCUUCACCGAUCCAGUAGCAGCUCCAGCUCCUCUAGCGGCGAGGAAGAAGGUGAAGGCGGAGAGAAGAAGAAGGAGAGGAAAGGAUUGAAGGAGAAGAUUAAGGAGAAAAUCGGUGGGGAGAAAAAAGAUGAAACUGCAGUCCCGGUUGAAAAGCCCGAGGAGCACCCAGAGACGCCGGAGAAGAAGGGUUUCAUAGAAAAGAUAAAAGAGAAACUCCCCGGACAGAAUAAGAAAGACGAAGAGGUUACAGCACCAUCACCACCACCGACGCCUGCUGCUGUACAAGCCGAUAAAGUUGCGGUUGAACACCAUGAAGAAGAGUCAAAAGAGAAUAAGGGAUUUUUGGAUAAAAUCAAGGAGAAGAUUCCUGGGUACCACACCAAAACUGAGGACGAGAAAGAAGCCACUGCUUCCCAUUGAAGAAUCGAUACUCUAUAUUUGAAGUAAAAUUGUCUAUCGGAUUGUGUGAUUUCUUAAUUUGUUGGGAUUGUCUGUUCUUUUUUUAUUUUUUUUUGUAUAUUCCAUAAUAUAAGCGUCUUGUCUCUUUUCUGUUAACAAAAUAAUAGUAAUAAAUAAUAGUAUGUCAGAAAUGAUAAAA